AUGGCCCGAAUAGCACCAUCUUUGCCAUUGAAGGCAAGAAGCAGCCCACUAGCCUUCCAACUCAGAGCUCGAAACCUCCCACAACGAACAUUUGCCUCGACAGGCAUUCGACGAGAUCAGGAUGAGCGAGAACCAGAAUCACUCAACUCUACACGCCCGGCCCGAGAGAAUCCUUUAAGCAGAGCACAAAAACAAUUUCUCGACUCAGCGUUGCGGGUGAAUCAUGCUGGCGAGCUUGCGGCGACGUUGAUCUACACGGCCCAGACGCCUCCCAUAACCAAAGCCUAUCCUCACCUCAGACCACUGAUGAAGCACAUGUACGAUCAGGAGGCGGGCCAUUUCACAAGAUUCAACGAGUUGCUGGCGAAGCACCGCAUACGACCGACAGCCAUGUACCCCGUAUGGCAUGCUGCAGCAACGUUUCUUGGGUGGAGUACAGGGGCAUUGGGACGAGAGGCAGCGAUGGCAUGUACAGAAGCGGUUGAGACAGAGAUCGGAGAGCAUUACAACAACCAGGUACGGGAGCUGCUGUCUUGGUUCAAGGACAUGGAGGAAAGGGGGGAGGAGCCUGGCGAGGAACUGAGGGCGUUGGUUACAGAUAUCAGGAGGAUACGCGACGAGGAAUUGGAGCAUCUGGACCAUGCCGUGGAGAAUGAUGCGAAGGAGGCCAAUCCGUACGAGCUUUUGACUGGUGUCAUCCGGGCUGGUUGUCGAGGUGCGAUCUGGGUCAGCGAGCGGGUGUGA